AUGGAUCCAGAGAGGCCGCCGCCGGCCCUAACCAGCGACCUGCUCGAGGAGAUCUUGCUCCGCGUCGCCUCCCCUGCGGACCUCGCCCGCGCCUCCACCGCCUGCGUCUCCUUCCGUCGCCUCAUCGCUGACCCCGCCUUCCUCCGCCGGUACCGCUCCAUUCACCCGCCCUUACUCCUCGGCCGUUACAUCCUAUGGUUUCGGUCCUGCCGAGGCGCCCCAUCCCUCCGCUGCCGUGCCGCCGGGCUGUCGCGUUUUCCUUCGACUAUCUCCCUCGCACCACAUGGGAGGACCACUGGACUCGGUAAAUGCCAUGACGACGGCCGCGUCCUCCUCGAGCGCAGUUGCCACGAAGUCCCCAAUUACUGCGACCUCCUGGCCUGGAUGAAGUUAAUGAGUUCAUUCAAGAACAAUGUAACGCCUGACUGCUUCUAUUGGAAAUUAAACGACAUGAGCACGGUGGUCAAGCUCGACAUGAAUAGUAUGCAGUUUUGCACUAUUGGCCUCCCGCCUGGCCAUGAUAAGUGGCAAAUCGUCAUUGUUGAGUCAGGGGAAAGUAGGGUUGCAAUGUUUAGUACGGUUCAUGAAAGCACAUCUGUGGAUUAUUAUUACACCUUUUCGCAAAAUGGCAGUGAGAAGUCCCAUGAGUGGCAUUUGAAGAGUACCAUCCCCUUGCCUGCCCAUUAUACUUUUGAAGGCAACAUUGGUGGUCCAGCUGAAGGAUACAUUUUCAUAGAAUGCAUUCCAGAUGAAAAGGAUACAACAUAUUCGGCAUUUUUUUCACUUGAGAUUAAGUCUUUCAAUAUUGAGAGGGUCGGUAGGACAAGAUCCCCUGCUUGUGGUGCCUAUCCAUAUUUUGGUUUCCCACCAUCUAUGUCACCAAGGAGGAUUUAA